ACACGGAUUUUUGACAUUCCGAAAGCCGCCAUCUUGAAAGCAUGCCAAUUCCGAAAAAGCUCCUUCCAAUAACAAUGGCUUCAGCAGAUGGUCAGAAAACAAAGAAGCGCCAUAGGAAAAAGAAGACACCAACAGACACUGUCGCAGAAACUCCCAAAACCACAAAUGAAGAUCCUUCCAGAAAAAAUAUCAAUCCCAUUUUGGAAAACUACCGCCCGGAUACCAAUGAUUCAGGGGCUCUGGUCAAAGAAAUCCCCACAAAUGUGGUGAAUGAGAAUCUCUCAGAUGUACUGGACUCUGUUCACAUUCUAGACACCCUGUGCGACUACAAGAGAUGCAAACAGAAGACAUCCCUCAUGGGACAAGACUGCAGCUACUGCCAGAAGAGAUUCUGCUUCAAGCAUGGCCUUCCGGAGGUCCAUGGAUGCGGGGAGGCAAUCAAAAAAGACGAGAGGAAGAAGUUCAUGCAUCCUGUCCCUGAGAAAACUCGCCGGGAAGCUGAAGAUCUUGCCAAACUUCGGGUUAAAUUCAAAGAAAACCUCAAAGAUAUGCAGCGCCAGAGACUUGCAAAACCCCCAACCAAGGCGACAUCCGGGAAGAAAUAAAGUACCCGGAAGUACCAUAUAAAUUAUUCUUCAUUUCCCCCAAUAAAAUUCCUAAAACAAAAAUAUUUUU